CCUUCACACGUGUUAACCUUACACAACAGGAUCGGUCUCCACGGAGCCCUGUCCUUCAGAGAGGAACCCGCUAGCGGUCUCUCCUUGUCGCCAGUCAAGCUGUGAUCACGGUCCUUACUGGGGUCCUCGGGAUGACCGUUCCCCAGGUCUGGCUGCCCUCACUCUUUAUCCUCAACAUCUACCUCAAGCUGUGCCACCCCUGGUCAGUGAAUAAUUUCCUGAUGACUGGUCCCAAGGCAUACCUGAUCUACUCCGGCAGUGUGGCAGCAGGUGCCCAGAGCGGUAUUGAAGAAUGUAAGCACCAAUUCGCGUGGGACCGCUGGAACUGCCCAGAGAGAGCAUUGCAGUUGUCCACACAUAGCGGCCUGCGGAGCGCAAAUCGAGAGGCUGCUUUUGUCCAUGCUAUCAGCUCAGCGGGUGUAAUGUACACACUGACCAGAAACUGCAGUCUGGGCGAUUUCGACAACUGUGGCUGCGAUGAUUCACGGAACGGGCAACCAGGAGGACAGGGCUGGCUGUGGGGAGGCUGCAGUGACAAUGUGGGCUUCGGUGAGACCAUUUCCAAACAGUUUGUCGACGCGCUGGAGACUGGCCAGGACGCCAGGGCUGCCAUGAAUCUGCACAACAAUGAAGCCGGGAGGAAGGCAGUCAAAGGCACAAUGAAGCGAACCUGUAAGUGUCACGGUGUGUCUGGCAGCUGUACGACACAGACUUGUUGGCUGCAGCUACCUGAAUUCCGAGAGGUGGGCAACUACCUGAAGGAGAAGUAUCACAAAGCGCUGAAGAUUGACCUGCUGAAAGGGGCGGGCAACAGCGCGGCUAGCAGAGGGGCGAUCGCCGAGACCUUCAGCUCCAUCUCCAGGAAGGAGCUGGUGCACCUGGAGGAUUCACCUGACUACUGCCUGGAGAACAAGACCCUGGGGCUGCAAGGAACAGAAGGCAGGGAGUGCGUGAGGAAGGGGAAGCUGCUGAGUAAGUGGGAGAAGAGAAGCUGCAAGAGGCUGUGUGGGGACUGUGGCCUGGCGGUGGCUGAGAGGCGAGCCCAGAUGAUGAGCAGCUGCAACUGCAAAUUCCACUGGUGCUGUGCUGUGAAGUGUGAGCAAUGCCGGAAAACCAUCACGAAAUACUUCUGCGUCAAAAAAGACAAGAGAUCCCGGAAUGACAGCGCCUCAAAGAGGAAAGAAGGGAGGCUUGGAAUGAGGCACUAAGGCCGUUCUCUUCUGACCAGUGACAAUGCAAACAAAGACAAUUAAACAACAAGGCCAACUCUUCUCUGGUCUCAAAUUGGCCGGCGUUAGGAAACUGAGAAGUAGAUGUAAAAAAAUGAGGCACUGUGUUUCCUUUGAGAAGUUGGACAGAUUGCUUUCAGUCAAUAUAGCAUUGUUCGUUUCAUUUUUGAACUGUUGCAAACUAUCAGACAGCUCAGAGACCAGCAACCUGUAAGUAUCACAGCGCAGUUACUGCUGAUGUGGUGGGUUAUGGGGCUGAAUUUCCGACCAAGAGUAACAUCUACCCCAAUGGAGUCUUUAAAACCAGCCAUUUCUUGGCAGUUUCCCAAGGCUGGCAUUUACAGGCUUCCUGGCACAGGUGCAUGUUAAUGGCAUCAUCCUUCCAUUCUUGAUAUAUUCACCCUUUGCGUUUCCCCCCCACCUCCUCCACUUUAGCUUAGAAUCAGAGAAUAUUACAGCAUGUGAGAGGCCCUUGUCCCAUCAUGUCUGUGCCAAUCAUCCAUUUUCUAAUCCCAUUUUCAAGCAUGUGGCCCUUUAGCCUCGUAUACUAAGGCAUUUCAAGUGAUCAUCUAAACACUGGUUGGCAUGGACAAGUUGGGCCAAAGAGCCUGUUUCCAUACUGCAUGACUAUGACUUCUUAAAUGUUGUGAUUGUUCCUGCCUCUACCACUCUUUCAGGCAGUACGCUCCAGACACACACCAGUCUCUGAGCAAAAGUAUUCGGCCUCAUAUUGCUCCUGUCCUUCACCUGAAAUCUAUAUCUCGGGUUAUUGAUCUGUCUAUGAAGGGGAAAGGUUUCUUCUUAUCUACCCAAUUGCCCCACAUCAGCCUUCUCUGCUCUAAGGAAAACAAGGCCAGUGGGUGGUGCUUCCUGUCACCAGGACCCACUGAGGAUAUGGCCCCACUGCCCCCUCAGGCAGGCCCCCAUUUCAGAAAGACGUCUCACAAAGUAUCGUAAAUGCCACUCUGAAGGGGUUUCUUCUCUAUUGAUCUUUCUAUUUUUAGGCAUUCCUUUGUGGGAUGUUGGCAUUGUUGGGCAAAACCAGUGUUUCAUGCCCAUGCCCAAUUUCCCUUGAACUGAUGGGCCUGCUAGGCCACUUCAGAGGGCAAUCAAGAGUCAGCCACAUUGCCAUGGGUAUGGAGUCACAUGUAGGCCAGACAGGGUAAGAUCAACAGAGUCCCUUUGCUUUGUCAACUAGAAGGGGUUUUCACAGCAAUAGACGACCAUUUAGCCAGUGAGAGCAAUACAUUUCCUGCACUAAAGAACACACAUUUGAGGUAAUUCCAAUCCUUUUCUUGCUCUCUGUUAGUAGGACCAAAUUAGUGAGAGGCUUCAGGCUUGGUGAUAGGGCAUGAAGUGAAAAAUAGCAAAAAGGAGUUUAGUUGUCUUCAUUACAAAAAAAGCACAAUGGACCCCGAGGGGUAUAAAUUGGCCAGUUAGCCCCUCAAACCUAGUCCGCCACUUGCUGUGAGCAUUACAUGGAUUAAACUUCAUCUUAAGCUCCUUGAUUUAAUUCAUGUCCUUGGUUAAUACAUUUCUGUCUCAUAAAUUAAAAUACUGCAGAUGCUGGAAAUCUGCAACAAACCCU